UUUUGUGUUACUUAUUAAUUACAGGACAAAUUGUUUUCUGCUUUGCUAAUUGAAAUAAAUUUAAUAAUAAAUAAAUAAAUUUCUGCUUAAAUCCCGGGUACUUUCGUAAAGAAAUGGAGGAAACAGAAAAUUAUCAGAAAAGUGUACAGAAGCCAGACGAAUUUUUACAAAUCUCAGGCGACAUGGCAAACACUGGUUUAUUAGUUUUGACGAAUCCUGCAAGGGUGAAAAUGCUACUGCCUGUAAUUAAGAAGCACGUUUUGAAGACGCUGUACAUACAAUACCUCCCGGAAAAGAGCAUCUUUGCGUCAGGGAAAUACGAUAAUAGUAAUACGGUGUCGUUGCAACGGAGAGGCCUGCAAUGCUCUCAGAACAUUGUGGACAUUUAUGUGAACACGUCUACGAUCUCCCCCAGGCUCGAUGUCCGUGUCUUGCUCACUAAUACAAAGUAUCCCAACAGAUCUGUUAUAAACACCAAAAAACCCGUAGAAAUAGUUAUCUUCGAUCGGAUGUGCAGUAAGAAAGAAGCUGACUCAUUCAUACAAGACUGCUUAGCCAAUAUGUCAGUGGACUAUAGCUUUGUCACUUGCAACGACGAUCAGGAUCAAAUCGAUCAUAAAGACCCAGAAUGUCCCUCUGUUCAAAGGGUAAACACUUAUAGGAAUGUAGUGCUGGGUGGCACAUUCGAUCGAUUGCACAAUGGUCACAAGAUAAUGUUGAGCGAAGCUGUUCUACGUUGCACAGAGAAGCUUACUGUUGGUGUAACUGAUACGAAUAUGAUUUCUAGUAAAAUAUUAUGGGAGCUUAUAGAACCGUGUACAAAAAGAAUAAAGGAGGUUAAAGAAUUUCUGGAGGAUGUAGACUCUUCGAUAACAUAUGAUGUUGUUCCUAUCAAUGAUAUGUACGGACCUACCAAAGAUGAUCCAACGUUUGAAAUGCUAGUUGUGAGUCAGGAAACAAAGCGUGGCGGUGACAAAGUCAAUGAACUGCGGUUGCAGAAGAAUUUGGGUAAACUGGAUAUUCACGUAGUAGAAUUGGCAAAUAACGAACAUUAUAAUGAACAUGAAGAAGCCAAGAUCAGCUCGAGCAAUCACAGGAUACGAUUGCUGGGCAUGAGGCUUCAACCUCCUAGGUUAAAGGACAAGCCCUUGAAGCCAUACAUCAUCGGUUUGACAGGCGGUAUUGCGAGUGGAAAAUCUUCAAUCGCUGAAAAAUUACAAAAUCUUGGCGCUGGUCUUGUGAACUGCGAUAAGUUAGCUCACGAUUUAUAUUUACCUGGAAAAGUCUGCUUCCGUAAAACAGUCGAGUAUUUUGGUCCUUCCAUUCUCAAUUCCGAUGGAUUUAUAGAUAGAAGGGCACUUGGCAAUAUAGUGUUUAACGAUAAGAAACAGUUGGAUGAGCUAAAUAAACUGAUUUGGCCUUGGAUUCUAGAAGAAGCUAAGAAAAAGGUAGCUACUCUAUAUUCCGAAGGUCACGAUGUUAUUGUGAUGGAAGCAGCGGUUUUAAUUCAAGCUAAGUGGCAGAACGUCUGUCACGAGAUUUGGACUUGCAUAAUUCCGCAAAACGAGGCUAUAAAACGAGUAAUGGAUAGAAAUGGACUAUCUGAAGAAGCGGCAAAAUCGCGAAUUCAAAUACAACCGAGUAAUACAGAGCAGGUUAAAGAAGCGAAUGUUGUCAUAUGUACUUUGUGGAAUCACAGCAUUACACAGACGCAAGUGGAAACAGCAUGGAAGGAAUUGACAGCUACGUUAUUCGAAGAAUCGCGGGAUAAAUGAAUUCUACAUACGGAUAGAAGAUUCAUCUAUUUUUUAACAGACAUAUAUAUAUACAUAUGUAAACGAAUGAUAGAAUCCUUUAUGCAUGUGGAAUAAAGAAUUACUUUCUUAUGUGAUUGAAAACCAA